CACUAUCCGGCAAUUUUAUUGGUUGUCACAUUGCAUCACAUGACCGAUGAAACCAGGAAGUAUUUUGGUUCCACAACGCGGAAGCGUAUAUUUUACAGAACCUGAAACUGUUUUAGGAGAAAACCUUGUUAACGAGCAGCAACAAGGUAGACCGGGUCACUCCACCACUGCCCACCCGAUCCGGUUCUUCCCACCGGUAGUUUGGCGUCUGACCUCUCUCACCAUCAGUGCCUGUGUCUCCAGACUCGGCUUUCAUCUUUGCACCUCGUUCGCCUGUUUAUUUCAGCCCAUCUCAUCCAUAACAACCUCUGUCUCUGUCAAUGGCUGGGCGCGGUGGAGGAUCAACCAGGCCCAAUGGUGCCGCAGCAGCAAACAAAAUCUGCCAAUUCAAACUGGUGCUGCUGGGGGAGUCAGCGGUGGGCAAGUCCAGCUUAGUGCUGCGCUUUGUCAAAGGCCAGUUUCAUGAGUUCCAGGAGAGUACCAUUGGUGCCGCCUUCCUCACUCAGACCGUCUGUCUGGACGACACCACUGUGAAGUUUGAGAUCUGGGACACAGCGGGUCAAGAGCGCUACCACAGCCUAGCUCCAAUGUACUACAGAGGCGCUCAGGCGGCCAUCGUGGUCUACGACAUUACCAACACAGAUACUUUUGCACGAGCCAAGAACUGGGUGAAGGAGCUGCAGAGACAAGCCAGUCCCAACAUAGUGAUCGCUCUGGCUGGAAACAAGGCGGACAUCGCAAACAAGAGAGCUGUAGACCUUCAGGAGGCACAAACGUACGCUGAUGACAACAGUCUGCUCUUCAUGGAGACCUCAGCCAAGACUGCCAUGAAUGUCAAUGAAAUUUUCAUGGCUAUUGCAAAGAAGCUACCGAAGAGCGACCCCCAGGGGGGAGCUGGACAAGGUGGGCGGACCAAGACAGGAGUGGAUCUACAAGAAGCUGCUCCUCAGAGCCGCAGCAGCCAGUGCUGCGGCGGCGGCAAUUAGCAAGUACAAAACAAUGAACUUAGAGGGCGAGCCCUGAACAUCGUUUUAAGGACAGCACGUAGCUAAAACCCAGAGAGGCAGGAGAGGGCAGAGCCACUCGCCGCCCCUGCACUUAAACUGAGAUUACAGAUGAGAUUAUCUGGAUCCACUUUGAUUAAAGAAUCAUAAGCUAGAGGGAAUUACCAAGAUCCCUCACUACUUCUCCUCUGUCUUUCCCCCCCCGUGUAUCUAUCUAUCUACCUCCCUGUUCAUCUUCAGCCUCUGUCUCAGUUGAUUGAAUUCUGUCAUAAAUGAAUUUCUUUGAAUGGUGAUGCUGAGGUUGUUUGCCUUUUCCCCUAUUUGUUUGAGUGUGUGUGUGUCUAUGGUAUGUACUGUGUGUGUAUGUAUAAAGUACAUACACACACGUACUGUAUAUUGGCAGUUUACUUUUCUACUCUUGUCAUUUCCCUCUACAUUGAUCAUCAUUAUAAAAGAUACAAAUGCCCAACUACUAAUGCUUAACUAAAUUAAUGUUGUAGGUUUAUUGUCUUAUUGCAAUGUAGACCACAGCAUUGUGUUCUUAUUAGGGACCCAGACAUGACACAGUUAUAAGGAAAGCUCUAGACUUUGCCCAUUGAAGCAGGUUGUGAUUUAAUAGGCUACACACAUCUGAAGAGGUUUCUGAACUGUGCAACAAAUGCAGUUUGCAUUAAUUGUGUAUUGAUACCUGUAAUACCAGAGAGUUGUUAGCCUUUUUUAAAAGAAAUGUGAAAAUAACUUGUAAAUCUAAAAAAGUAAUAAAUAACAUGGACGAUUCA